UCCUUCUGAAAAACGUAUCGACGCUUUAUGGUUCCGCUGUGAAACAGCCUCGUCUACUCACCCAGCUGUAAAUGCCAAAUGAGACCCUGUUUUCUGCAGACGCUCGACAGAAGAUAGGCCGAGGAGUGUAGUGACGUUUGCGGUAAUUUCAGGCGUGACGGCCGCAGAGACAAUGCUGCGUUUUGCGUGCACUGAGCCGCUGUCAGCCGCGCAGCUAAAGCGGCUGGAGGAGCACAAAUACAGCGCCUCUGGUCGCUCCCUGCUGGAGCCACAGUGUCAAAUUUACUGGAACUGGUUGGUCCAGCAAAUCCCAACAUGGGUCGCACCAAACACUCUGACUAUUGCUGGACUGCUGGUCAAUGUAAUAUCCACGGUGAUACUUGUGUAUUACUGUCCCACAGCAACAGAGGUGGCUCCACCGUGGGCCUUUUUGCUGAGUACACUGGGUCUGUUUAUCUACCAGUCUCUGGACGCAAUCGAUGGGAAACAGGCUCGACGGACCAACAGCAGCUCACCACUGGGCGAGCUCUUCGACCACGGCUGUGACGCUGUCUCCACAGUGUUUGUUUCAGUGGGGACAUGCAUUUCUUGCGGCAUUGGGAGAUACCCAAACUGGAUGUUCUUUUGUGGUUUCAUCGGGAUGUUCCUGUUUUUCUGCGCCCACUGGCAGACCUACGUGUCAGGAACCCUCCGAUUUGGCCUGGCUGAUGUCACAGAAGUACAGUUUGCCAUCAUGACCAUGUAUUUAAUGUCGGCAUUUGGAGGCGUGAGCCUUUGGCAAACAACGGUGCCAGUCCUCGGGCUAAAGCUGUACAUGUUCCCUGUCAUGGGUAUCAUCGGAGGGGCCGUCUUGUCCUGCCGCAACUACUUCCAUGUCAUUUUGAAUGGAGGAGUGGGCAAAAAUGGCUCCACCGUGGCUGACACCAGCGUGCUGAGUCCUAGUUUGCACAUCGGCCUCAUCCUCACUCUGGCCUUCAUCAUUUUUAAGAAGUCCUCCAGUCAGCUGUUUGAGCAUCAUCCAUGCCUGUACCUACUUGCCUUUGGCAUGGUCAUCUCCAAAAUCUCCAACAAGCUGGUGGUAGCUCAUAUGACAAAGAGUGAGUUGCACCUAGCAGACACGGCAUUCAUAGGCCCUGGCCUCCUCUUCCUCAACCAGUACUUCAACAGUUUCAUUGAUGAGUACAUCGUCCUCUGGAUCGCCAUGGUUCUCUCUUCUCUUGAUCUGAUGCGCUACUGUAUAGGCGUGUGCCUGCAGAUCUCCUCCCACUUACACAUCCAAGUAUUCAGCAUCACGCCGCCAAGCCCCACCCACCGUGACUGACAGUUUGCCC